AUGUCAUUCAUUCUGGGGUUCGAAGGGGGGCCCCCCCUUUUGGGGCUGCCCGGGCAAAAAAAGGAAAACCCUGCUGAUCUACCCCAAACAACGUCACCCAAGAUCCCCCCGGGGGUAACAAAAACCUGCCUAGAUCCCGUCCUGGGUAAAAACCACGCUGCUCUAGACCCCGGUCCGGGGAAAAACACGCUGUUCCUAGACCCCCUGUCCUGGGAAACAACACCUGCUCAAAAGUUUCCCUGUCCUGGGUAACCACACCUGCUCAAAGUCCCGGGCCUGGGUAAACACCUGCCUAGUUCCCGUCCUGGAUAAAAACACGCUGCUCUAAACCCUUUCCUGGGAAAAAAAACAUGCUCUGACUGGGCCGGGGGAACCACGCUCCCUUCUGACCCUCUUUUCCGGGUAAAAACACGCUGCUCAGAUCCCUGUCCUGGGUAACAACCUUUUGAAUCCCUGUCCUGGGAAACCAACACCCCUUGCUCUAGAUCCCUUCCGGGGUUUAAAACACGCUGCUCUAGAUCUCUGCCCGGGGAAACAAAAACGCGGGCUCUAAUCCCGGGCCCCUUGGGUAACAACCGCUGCUCUAGAUCUCUGUCCGGGGGAAAAACCCACGCUGCUCUAACCCCUUGUCCGGGGUAAAAACCCAGCGGCCCCAAAUCCCUGCCCCUGGGGAACAAAAAACCGCUCCCUCAAAAUCACGUCCUGGGUAAAAACACCUCCCUCAGAUCCCUGCCUGGAUAAACAAAAACCCUGCUCCUAGACCUGUCCUGGGUAACAACAACUGCUCUAGAUCUCGGCCCUGGGUAACCCGCGGCUCUAAUCUCUGUCCUGGGUAAAAACCCCGGGCUGCUCUAGACCCCUUUCCCUGGGUAAAAACCAGGGCUGCUCAAAUCCCUGCCUGGGUAAAAACCACCUGUCUGAUCCCGUCCGGGGAAAACACGCUGCUCUAGAUCUCUGUCCUGGGUAAAACAAAACGCUGCUCAAUCCCGUCCUGGGAAACCAACACCUGCUCUAAUCCCCUGCCCUGGGUAAAAACCGCUGCUCUAGAUCCCUGUCCUGGGUAAAAACCCCGCCCCUAACCCCCCUGCCCCCGGGGGAAAACCACGCUCCCUCUAGAUUCAUUUGUCCUGGGAAACAACACGCUGCCUAGAUCCCUUUUCCGGGGUAACAACCUCGUCUAGAUCCCUUUUCCUGGGAAACACACCUGCUCUGAUCCCGCCCUUUGGGUAACAACCCUGCCCCAAAUCCCUGCCCCCCUUUGGGGUAAAAACCACGUUUUUUGCCCUAGACCCUCUGCCCCUUCUUACACACGCUCCCUUGAACCCCUGCCCCUUUGGGUAACAAAAACCUGCUCUAAUCCCUGUCCUGGGUAACAAAAACGCUGCUCUAGACCCCUGCCCUUUGGGUAAAAACCACGCUGCUCUAGCCCCUGUCCGGGGAACAAAAACGCUGCUCUGAUCCCUGUCCGGGAAAAACACGCGGUUUUCUAGACCCUUCCGGGGUACAACCGCUGCUCUAGAUCCCUGUGGGGGUUUAACAAACCGCUCUAGACCCUGUCCUGGUAACAAAAAGGCUGCUCUAGACCCCUGCCCUGGGUAAAAAACCCCAAGGCUGUUUCUGAUCCCUGCCUGGGUAACAAAAACCUCCCUCUAGAUCCCUGCCCGGGAAACCCAACACCUGCUCAAAUUUUCCCCUGCCCUGGGUAACGACCGCUGCUCUAAUCCCUGUCCGGGGUCGCACCUCCCUCAGUUUUCCCUGCCCUUUGGAAACGACCCCGCGCUUCUUGCCCCGCCCCGGGGUAACGACCGUUUCUCUAGAUCCCUGUCCGGGGGUAACGACACGCUGCUCUAAAAUCCCUGCCCGGGGUUAACAACCCCUUUUGCUCUAGAUCCCUGUCCUGGGUAAAAACACCUGCCUAGAUCCCUUUCCUGGGAAACCAACCCCCUGCUCUAGAUCUCUUUUCCGGGGGUAACAACCCCUUUCUCUAGAUCCCUGUCCGGGAAACAACCCGUUUGCUCUAGUUUCCCGGGUCCGGGUACACACGUUUCCUGAUCCCUGCCCCUGGGAAACCCAAAAAAACGCUGUCAAAAGACCCCCUUUCCUGGGUAAAAACACCUGCUCUAGUUUUUCCCUGCCCUGGGUAACCCGUUUGUUUCUAGUUUCUCUUCCUGGGUAACAACAGCUGUUCUAGACCCGGUCCGGGGUAAAAAACACCUGCUCUAGAUCCCUGUCCGGGGAAAAACCACGCUGCUCAAAUUUUCCCUUGUCCUGGAUAACAACACGCUCCCUCAAAGUUUCCCUGCCCGGGGAAACCACACCCGGGCUCUGUCCCUGUCCGGGUUUAAACCCCAACGUUUCUUCUAGAUCCCUGCCCCGGGGGUAAAACACGCUGUUUCUAGAUCCCUGUCCGGGGACAAAAACCGCGGGCUCUAGUCCCUGUCCGGGGUAACAACACGCUGCUCAAAUCCCUGCCCCUUGGGUAACAAAAACCUGCUCUAGACCCCCUGUCCGGGGUAAAAACACCCCUCUUUUAGUCCCUGCCCCGGGGAAAACAAAACCUGCUCUAGAUCCCCUGUCCGGGGAAACCCAAAAACCCUGCUCUAGACCCCGUCCGGGAAACCACGCUGCUUUUAGAUCCCACCCCGGGGUAAAAACACCUGCUCUAGAUCCCUGCCCCGGGGUUCCAACCCUGCUCUAGACCCCGGGUCCGGGGUACAACACAUUUCUCAUUUCCCCAACUCCAUCUUACGAUCUUAAAUUUUGGGGUUUAAAAUUUUUACUACUCCCCUCUUUUUUCCCUCCCCUCUGCCCUCACACCCCCAACACCACCCACACCCACACCAGGAAACCCCACUAAGCGUAUCCCUGUGGCUGCUGAGUUCUCAGAACCGGGUUGGACUGGGCAGCGAGGCUCCCGGAAACCAUUACCCAAACCGGGAAAGGAAAAACCCACCCCACAGGUACACGCCUCACACACAAAAAAAAAAAAACCCACACACCACACCACACCCCCCACCACACCCACACACACAAAAACCCCCACACACGCCACCCAAACGGGUUUAAGGGGUUUUUUUCACUCAACUUCUUUUCCACCCUUCUCUCUUCUCCCCCAUCCUCUCCUCUCCCCCCACCUUUCUCCACCCCUUCCCCCCUCUUUCCCUCCCCUUCCUUCCCCCUCUCUCCCCUCCCUCCCCCCCCCCCCCUCCCUCCCCCCUCUCCCUCCCCCCCCCAAAACUUCUUUCGUUCUGACCCCCCUGAUAUCCUUUUCUCUGUGAUAAGACAGACGGAUUUUCCUUCUCCGGGAAAGAGGAAACAGUGAAAAUGACUUUUAAACUGACCUUUUACAAACGCCCAAAAAAAUUUUUUCCCCCCUUUAGGGGGAAACAUGGAGGGGUUUCAAAAUGGACAAACCCCCUGCACCAAAAAUGUUAACGUUUUAAUUUAUAUUACCCUUAAAACUACUAUUUACUACUUUUUAAAAUGUUGUCUGUAAAUUGGCCCUCAAAAAUCCCCCAUUUUAAAUAACAUUCAUUUCAACGUCCCGUGUCCAGAAAGACCCUAUAGGGGAUGAAAUAAAAUAAACCAAAAUCGUUUAAAUUUGCCCAUGUUUUGGGGGGCUUUACUUUUCUUUUUAAACUUUUUGGGUUCUUUACGACGCCCCCUUUCCAGAGCGCUUCCCAGGAGCAUUAGGGUUAAGUGCCUUGCUAAAGGGCACUUUUACUCAUUUGCAACGCUCUAGUCCCCGAGCGACUCCAAAUUGUGCUUUCCACCCUAUACCCCCAGGGGGAAAAAACCACUUUAAAAAAAUUUUUUUUUUGGGGGGGGGGGGGGGUAGAAGGAUUACUUUUUUCCUAUCCCGGUUUCCUUAAGAGGUGGGGUUUUUAAAAAGCUUUUGGGGGGUGUUGACCUUUUGGGUUUAUCCUCCCAGCUCUAGGGUAACAUAUGUUCAUGGUUUGGGGGUCAGGGGAAAGCAGGGGCAAAGAAGCCCAUUUGAAGAGCUGAUUCUGUCCCUUUUCUUUCUGUCUUUCUCUUCCCUUUUUCAUUUUGGGCUUCUCAUUCUGUCCUGCUCAUUCCAUUUUCUCAUUCUGGGCUUCUCAUUCUGUCUUCCCCUUCCCGGGUUUUUCCAUUCUGUCUUCUCAUUCUGUUUUUCCCCAUUCCAUGUUCUCAUUCCCGGGCCCUUCCCCAUUCCAUUUUUCUCUUCUGUUUUUCCCCUUCCUGGGUUUUCAUUCUGUCUUUUUUCCCUUUUCCCUUCGAUGUUCUCAUUCCAUGUUCUCAUUUUUGUCUUCUCAUUCCAUGUUCUCAUUCUGUCUUCUCAUUCCCUGGUUUUGCAUUCUGUCUUCCAUUCCAUGUUCCAUUUUGUCCCUUUUCCCUUAUGUUCCCUUUUCAUUUGUCUUUCCCCCUUUUUUUUUUCCCAUUCCGUUUCUUUAUUUCCUGUUCUCAUUCCCCUGGUUUUUCCUUCCGGUUCUCAUUUUGUCCUUUUUCAUUCUUUGGGCUUUUUUCAUUUUUGUUUUACCCCAUUCCGUCUUCCCCAUUCUGUCUUCUCAUUUUGUCCUUUUUUUUUUCUGUCCCCUCAUUGGGGGUUCUGUGUUUUGCCCGGUUUUUUCCGGUCCCAGGUUUUCUGUGCUAAAGACGAGUGAUGGGGUGCAGAGAAGGAAAAGGAGGGGAAAAUGGAGGACAGCUGGGGGUGAGAGCAGGGUGGCAUAAAAUUUGGGGGGGGUGGAGAGGAGAGAAAAAAAGGGCAUCUAAAUUCCCUAUAUAUAUAGGGAAAAAGGGGGAGGGAAGAGGGAGGGGGAGGGGAGGGGAAGAGAAGAGCCAGAGAAAGAGAGAGAAGACCACACAAAAUUAUUAACCCUUUGACUAGGGGGUCUGCCUAGAUCCUUUCCUAAAGUGCCUUUUCGGAAAAUAUUCAGACCCCUUUACUUUUUCCCCCCCGUUUUCACCCUUAUUCUAAAAUUGGGUUUAAAUUUUUAAUUUAACCCUUGUUUUUUACCCUUUGGGGUAUGAGCCUCGAAUUCUCCUGUUUCCAUUUUAUCAACCUUUUUAUGUUUGUACAACUUUUAUUUUGGGUCCACCUUGGUUUAAAAUUUAAUUUAUUGGGCAUGAUUUUUUUAAAGGCCAACAUCUGUCUAAAAGGGCCCACAGUUUACAAAGGGGAUAUCAAGGGAAAAAAACCCAAACCCUGAGGGCGAAGAUUUCCCCUAGAGCUCCGGAAAAAGGGUUGUGUCGAGGGACGAUCUGGGGGGGGUCCAAACAUUUUUUGCAGCAUUUAAGGGCCCCAAAACCCCCUUUGGCCCCUCCACUUCUUAAAAAAGGGGAAAAAUUUGGAAAACCCCCAAGACCCCUUCCUGAGCUGGCCCCCCGGCCCCAAAAUGAGCCAAACGGUGGAGAAGGGGGCCCUUUGGGCAAGGAGUUGACCAAAAACCCCCAGGGGCCCCUUACGAGCUCCAAAGUUCCCCUUGGGUGGGGAACCUUCCAGAAGACAAAAUCUCUGCAGCACUCCACCAAUCAGGGCUUUUAAAGGUAGAGUGGUCAGACAGAAACCAAAUCCUCAUUUUAAAAGGGACAUGACCCCCGCUUGUGUUUUUCCCAAAAAAGGGAAACCCAAAGGGGGGUCCCCCAGACCAUGAAAACAAGAUUCUCUGGGUCUGGGUUAAACCAAGAAAUUUAACUCUUUUGGCCCGAAGGGCCCAACCCUCACGUCUGGGAGGGGAAUCCUUGGGACCCAACCCAAAGGGGGGGGGGGAGGGGGUGGAAACAUCAUUCUUUGGGGGUGUUUUUCAGUUUUUAGGGACUGGGGCUGGUCAGGGUCGAGGGGAAAAAUGAAAGGAGCAAAAUACAAAAGAGUCCCCUUUAUGAAAACCCCCCUCCAAGCGCUCAGGGCCUCGACUGGGGCGAAGGGUUCCUUCCCAAAAAGACAACCCACCCUGAACCACAGCCCAAUUGGGGUUUUGGGACGAGUCUCUUUUUUGUCCUUUAGUGGGCCCCCCAGAGCCCCCCCCUGAAAUUAUCAAAAAAACCUUUUUUUCUUUGUCGUUAUGGGGGUUUUUGUGUAGAUUUAUGAGGGAAAAAAAAAAUUUAAAACAAAAUUUAAAUAAAGCUGUUUUAAAAAGGGGAAAACAAAGAAAAAUUGGGGUUUUUGGAAAAAGUCAAGAAAGGGUCUGAAUACCCCUUUUCCGGGGAAAAAGGGGGCCCAAUAACCCAAAAAAAAAUUAAAAACAACCCAGAGGGAGGACAAAACCAAAGCAACAGGAACACUCACUCCCCCACACACACACACCACACACACACCACACACCACACACCACACACCACAACACACACCCCCGCCAUCCACAGGUAUGGGUUUUUCACUCAAACUUCUUUUCCACCUUCUUCAUUCUCCCCCCUCUCUCCUCUCCCCAUCCUUCCCCAAAAUCCUUCCCCCUCUUUCCCUCCUCUAUUCCUUCCCCCUCUCUCUCCCUCCCUCCCUCCCCCUCCCCCUCCUCUCUCCCUCCCUCCCAGACGUCGGUUGCGUUCUGACCCAGCUGAUAUCCAGUUCUCUGUGAUGAAGACAGACGAGAGGUCUUCUCCAGGAGAGAGCACAGUGAGUAUGACUGUUACUGACCUGUUACUAACUGUCCAUUAACUGUUUCCUUACGGGGAACAUGGAGCUGGGUCACAUGGACAAACAUCCCUGUCACCAUAAAUGUUAACGAUACGUUUAUAUUACCCUUAAAACUACUACUACUACUUUGAAUGUUGUAGCUGUCAAUUGUCCCAUCAAUAAUCACCCAUAUUAAUGAACAUGUCAUUUCAGACGUCCCGUGUCUCUAGUAAGACCCUAUAGGGGAUGUAUCAUAAUGAACCAUAUCAGCUAAAUGUCCAUGAUAAGUGGUGGCUUUACAUUUACAUUUUACAUUUUAGUCAUUUAGCAGACGCUCUUAUCCAGAGCGACUUACAGGAGCAAUUAGGGUUAAGUGCCUUGCUCAAGGGCACAUUUACGUCAUUUAGCAGACGCUCUAGUCCAGAGCGACUCACAAAUUGAUGCAUUCACCCUAUAGCCAGUGGGAUAACCACUUUACAAAUUUUUUUUUGGGGGGGGGGGGGGUAGAAGGAUUACUUUAUCCUAUCCCAGGUAUUCCUUAAAGAGGUGGGGUUUCAAAUGCUUGGUCGGUGUUGAUCCUUUUGGGUUUAUCCUCCCAGCUCUAGGGUAACAUAUGUUCAUGGUUGGAUCAGGGUAAAGCAGGACAAAGAAGCACAUUUGAAGAGCUGAUUCUGUCUUCUCAUUCUGUCUGCUCAUUCCAUGUUCUCAUUCUGUCUUCUCAUUCUGUCUGCUCAUUCCAUGUUCUCAUUCUGUCUUCUCAUUCUGUCUACUCAUUCCAUGUUUGCAUUCUGUCUUCUCAUUCUGUCUUCUCAUUCCAUGUUCUCAUUCUGUCUUCUCAUUCCAUGUUCUCAUUCUGUCUUCUCAUUCCAUGUUCUCAUUCUGUCUAUUCAUUCUUCUCAUUCGAUGUUCUCAUUCCAUGUUCUCAUUCUGUCUUCUCAUUCCAUGUUCUCAUUCUGUCUUCUCAUUCCAUGUUCGCAUUCUGUCUUCUCAUUCCAUGUUCUCAUUAUGUCUUCUCAUUAUGUCUUCUCAUUGUGUCUUCUCAUUCCGUGUUCUCAUUCCGUGUUCUCAUUCCGUGUUCUCAUUCCGUGUUCUCAUUCCGUGUUCUCAUUCUGUCUUCUCAUUCUGUCUUCUCAUUCUGUCUACUCAUUCCGUCUUCUCAUUCUGUCUUCUCAUUUUGUCUUUUUAUUCUGUCUUCUCAUUGGGUGUUCUGUGUUGUGACGGUUGUGUCCUGGUCAGAGUUGCUGUGCUAAGAGACGAGUGAUGUGUGCAGAGAAGGAAGAGGAGGAGGAGAGAUGGAGGGACAGCUGGGAUGAGAGCAGGAUGGACAUAAUAUGGGUAGAGUGGAGAGGAGAGAAAGAAAAGACAGUCUAGUCAUAUAUAUAUAGGGAGAGAGGGAGAGGGAGAGAGGGAGAGGGAGAGAGGGAGAGGGAGAGAGAGAGAGCGAGAGAGAGAGAGAGAGAGAGACUACACAGAGCAUUACCUUUGACUAGGGCUCUGCCUAGAUACCUACCUAAAGUGCAUUCGGAAAGUAUUCAGACCCCUUUACUUUAUCCACAUUUUGUUACGUUACACCCUUAUUCUAAAAUGGAUUUAAAUUUCAAUUUAACAUAUGUUUUCAGACCCUUUGCUAUGAGCCUCGAAAUUGCAUCCUGUUUCCAUUGAUCAUCCUUUAGAUGUUUGUACAACUUGAUUGGAGUCCACCUGUGGUAAAUUCAAUUGAUUGGACAUGAUUUGGAAAGGCACACAUCUGUCUAUAUAAGGUCCCACAGUUGACAGUGCAUAUCAGAGCAAAACCCAAGCCAUGAGGUCGAAGGAAUUGUCCGUAGAGCUCCGAGACAGGAUUGUGUCGAAGCACAGAUCUGGGGAAGGGUACCAAAACAUUUCUGCAGCAUUGAAGGUCCCCAAGAACACAGUGGCCUCCAUCAUUCUUAAAUGGAAGAAGUUUGGAACCACCAAGACUCUUCCUAGAGCUGGCCGCCCGGCCAAACUGAGCAAUCGGGGGAGAAGGGCCUUGGUCAGGGAGUUGACCAAGAACCCGAUGGUCACUCUGACAGAGCUCCAGAGUUCCUCUGUGGAGAUGGGAGAACCUUCCAGAAGGACAAACAUCUCUGCAGCACUCCACCAAUCAGGUCUUUACGGUAGAGUGGUCAGACAGAAGCCACUCCUCAGUAAAAGGCACAUGACAGCCCGCUUAGUGUUUGCCAAAAGGCACCUAAAGGACUCUCAGACCAUGAGAAACAAGAUUCUCUGGGUCUGAUGAAACCAAGAUUGAACUCUUUGGCCUGAAUGCCAAGCGUCACGUCUGGAGGAAGCCUGGCACCAUCCCUACGGUGAAGCAUGGUGGUGGCAGCAUCAUGCUGUGGGGAUGUUUUUCAGUGGCAGGGACUGGGAGACUGGUCAGGAUCGAGGGGAAAGAUGAACGGAGCAAAGUACAGAGAGAUCCUUGAUGAAAACCUGCUCCAGAGCGCUCAGGACCUCAGACUGGGGCGAAGGUUCACCUUCCAACAAGACAACGACCCUGAACACACAGCCAAGUGGCUUCGGGACGAGUCUCUGAAUGUCCUUGGGGUGGGCCCAGCCAGAGCAGAACUGACUUAUUUAAAAAACCGUUUUUGCUUGUCGUAUGGGUUUGUGUGUAGAUUGAUGAGGGAAAAAAAAACAUUUAAUCAUUUCAGAAUAAAGCUGUAACUACGAAUGUGGAAAAGUCAAGGGUUGAAUACUUUCGAAGGCGCUAAACCUCGGGGACUGCAACCUAUUCCCUACAUAGUGCACUUUUUAAAUAGGGCCCUACCCAGAUACCUACCCCUCUCUACAAAGGGGUGUCCAACUCAUUCCAACCAGGUGAGGGGAGGUCCUAACUAAUCACUAUGUGCAGAUGAAGACAACCAGGUGAGGGAGGUCCUAAACUAAUCACUAUGUGUCAGAUGAAGACAACCAGGGUGAGGGGGGAGGUCCUAACUAAUCACUAUGUGUCAGAUGAAGACCAACAACCAGGGGUUUAGGGGGGGGUCCUAACUAAUCACUAUGUGUCAGAUGAAGACAACCCGGUGAGGGGGAGGUCCUAACUAAUCACUAUGUGUCGAUGAAGACAAAACCCCGGUGAGGGGAGGUCCUAACUAAACACUAGUGUCAGAUGGAAGACAACCAGGUGAGGGAGGUCCUAAAUAAUCACUAUGUGCAAUAAGACAACAGUGAGGGGAGUCCUAACUCUCCUAUGGUCAUGAAGACAACCAGGUGAGGGGAGGUCCAACUAAACACUAUGUGUCAGAUGAAGACAACACCAGGUGAGGGGAGUCCUAACUAAUCACUAUUUGUCAUGAAAACAACCCAUGAGGGGAGGUCCUAACUAUCACUAUGGUCAGUAAGACAAACCCGGUGAGGGGGUCCCCAACUUCACUAUGUGUCAAAGAAAGAAACCAGUUGGGGGGGUCCUACCAAUCACUAUGUUGUCGAUGAAACCACCAGGUGAGGGGAGGUCCUAACUAAUCCUAUGUUUCAGAUGAAGACACCCCGGGAGGGGGGAGGUCCUAACUACUCACUAUGUGUCAGAUGAAGACAACCAGGUGAGGGGGGAGGUCCUAACUUAAUCACUAAUGUUCCAGAUGAAGACAACCAGGUGAGGGGGAGGUCCUAACUAAUCACUAUGGUGUCAGAUGAAAGACAACCAGGUGAGGGGGGAGGUCCUAACUAAUCACCUAUGUGUCAGAGGAAGACAACCAGGUGAGGGGAAGGUCCUAACUAAUCACUAUGUGUCGAUGGAAGACACCAGGUGAGGGGGGAGUUCCUAACUAAUCACAUGUUCAGAUGAAAGAACAACAGGUGAGGGGAGGGUCCUAACUAACACUAUUGUCAGAUGAAGACAACCAGGUGAGGGGAGGUCCUAACUAAUCAAGUACAAGGGAGGAGUGAACCUGCAGACGCGUAUGAGUUUGACCCCUGUGCUCCGUGUUGCUAUGACAACUAAACAGGAGGAAGGGUCCGGGGAGCGGAGUGGGACAGGGUUCGACCAGAGCCCGAUGUGGAGAGUGAUCUGUCCGGCAGCGUUGCGGUGUGUGUGCUCUGUUCUCAGAGACCAACACAACUGACACACUAGAAAGUAGUCCACUAUGUAGGGUAUAGGGUGCCCUUUUGGGACGCAGCCUAUAAUCACUCAUCUCUGACCUCUGACCCCAUCAGGUAAGUGUUGCCGUGGGGAAGAAGACCCUGUUCCUGUUUAACCUCAACGACCCUGACAACCCCAUAGAGCUGGCCUUCCAACAGCGCUACGGACACAUCAUCUCCUAUCGCUGGUACUCUCACACACUCACACACUCUCACACAUUCACUCAUUCACUCACUCACACUCACACACUCACUCACAUGACAGAUUUCUUUGGCUAUUUCUGUUUGUAACUUCUCUCCCCCCUCUCCUCUCCCUCCUCUCCUCUCCCCCCCCUCCCCUUCCUCCUCCCCCCCCUCUCUCCUCUCCCCCUCCCUCCCCCCUCCCAGGUACGGUGAUGGCUACAUCUUGAUUGGUUUCUCUCAGGGUUAUUUUGUGGUGAUCUCUACUCACAUCAGAGAGAUCGGUCAGGAACUGUUCCAGGCUCACAACCAUAAAGACAGCCUGACCAGUGUAGCUAUCUCCCCUGCUCAACAAACCACUCCUGACCUAACACACCACAACCCCUCAACAACCAACCACAUCACACACACAACCCACUAACCACACACCACACACCACCAACACCUCCCACACCCUCACACACCACCACACCACAAACACACCACACACCCACUCACCACACCCAACCUCCACCACCACACACACACUCCCACCUCCCCCCACUCCACACACCACACACCACACUCACACACCACUCCCACACUCACACACUCACACCACACACACACACAACUCACCACACUCCACACUCACACUCACACCCACACCACCCACCACACACCACUCACACCACCACACACACCCCACCUCACCACCCACUCACACACCACAUCACCACGCACACUCACCACCCCACACACCACACUCACCCACACACCUCACACCCCCCCCUCCCACACACUCACACACCACCCACACCUCCACACACACUCACACUCACCACAACACCACCCUCCACCACACACACCACACUCUCACCACACACACCUGCAGAGAUUCCUACAUAAUAGUGUGUGUGUUGCAGUAUAAAGAUCCAUGAUCUGUCUGAACUGAAGGAGAUGGACGCCAUCGUUAACCUGGAUGAUGAGACUAAAGGUUAUACACCAUACACACACACACACACACCAACACCAACACACACACACACACACAUACAACACACACACACCAUACACCACACACACACACACACACAUAACACCACACACACACACACACACACACACCACCCACACCAUACACACACACACCAACCACACAUCAAUAAACCACACACACACACACAUACCACACACCACACACACCCAUACACCACACACCAUACACCAUACACACACACCACACACACAACACACAACACACACACACACACACACACAACACACACAUACAACACCCACACACACACACACACCAUACACAACACACACACACACACACACCACACACCACACACACACACCAUACAACACCCACACACACACACCAUACACAACACACACAUACACCACACACACAUACACCAUACACACACACCACACACACACAUACACACACACACACCACACACACACACAAAUACACCAUCCACACACACACACAGUUGGAAUACAGUCAGGUUCUGUGUCCCAAAUGGGCCCUAUUCCCUUUGUAGGGCACUACUUUGUUCCAGGGACCACAGGGCUGUAGGGCUUUACAGAGGCAGUAGGGGGAUACAGGGACCACAGGGCUGUAGGGCUUUACAGAGGCAGUAGGGGGAUACAGGGACCACAGGGCUGUAGGGCUUUAUAGAGGCAGUAGGGAGCUACAGGGACCACAGGGCUGUAGGGCUUUACAGAGGCAGUAGGGAGCUACAGGGACCACAGGGCUGUAGGGCUUUACAGAGGCAGUAGGGAGCUACAGGGACCACAGUGCUGUAGGGCUUUAUAGAGGCAGUUGGGGGGCUACAGGGACCACAGGGCUGUAGGGCUUUACAGAGGCAGUAGGGGGCUACAGGGACCACAGGGCUGUAGGGCUUUACAGAGGCAGUAGGGAGCUACAGGGACCACAGGGCUGUAGGGCUUUACAGAGGCAGUAGGGGGCUACAGGGACCACAGGGCUGUAGGGCUUUACAGAGGCAGUAGGGGAAUACAGGGACCACAGGGCUGUAGGGCUUUACAGAGGCAGUAGGGGGCUACAGGGACCACAGUGCUGUAUGGCUUUACAGAGGCAGUAGGGGGAUACAGGGACCACAGGGCUGUAGGGCUUUACAGAGGCAGUAGGGGAAUACAGGGACCAAUCAAUCAAUCAAUUGUAUUUUAUAUAGCCCUUCUUACAUCAGCUAAUAUCUCGAAGUGCUGUACAGAAACCCAGCCUAAAACCCCAAACAGCUAGUAAUGCAGGUGUAGAAGCACGGUGGCUAGGAAAAACUCCCUAGAAAGGCCAAAACCUAGGAAGAAACCUAGAGAGGAACCAGGCUAUGAGGGGUGGCCAGUCCUCUUCUGGCUGUGCCGGGUGGAGAUUAUAACAGAACCAUGCCAAGAUGUUCAAAAAUGUUCAUAAGUGACAAGCAUGGUCAAAUAAUAAUCAGGAAUAAAUCUCAGUUGGCUUUUCAUAGCCGAUCAUUAAGAGUUUAAAACAGCAGGUCUGGGACAGGUAGGGGUUCCAUAACCGCAGGCAGAACAGUUUAAACUGGAAUAGCAGCAAGGCCAGGCGGACUGGGGACAGCAAGGAGUCACCACGGCCGGUAGUCCCGACGUAUGGUCCUAGGGCUCAGGUCUCUCAGUUGGCUUUUCAUAGCCGAUCAUUAAGAGUUGAAAACAGCAGGUCUGGGACAGGUAGGGGUUUCGUAGCCGCAGGCAGAACAGUUGAAACUGGAAUAGCAGCAAGGCCAGGCGGACUGGGGACAGCAAGGUGUCAUCAUGCCCGGUAGUCCUGACGUAUGGUCCUAGGGCUCAGGUUCUCAGAGAGAAAGAGAGAACGAGAGAAUUAGAGAGAGCAUACUUAAAUUCACACAGGACACUGGAUAAGACAGGAGAAGUACUCCAGGUAUAACCAACUAACCCCAGCCCCCCGACACAUAAACUACUGCAGCAUAAAUACUGGAGGCUGAGACAGGAGCGGUCCGGAGACACUGUGACCCCAUCCGAAGAAACCCCCGGACAGGGCCAAACAGGAAGGAUAUAACCCCACCCACUCCGCCAAAGCACAGCCCCCGCACCACUAGAGGGAUAUCCCCAACCACCAACUUACAAUCCUGAGACAAGGCCGAGUAUAGCCCACAGAGGUCUCCACCACAGCACAAACCAAGAGGGGGGCGCCAACCCAGACAGGAAGAUCACGUCAGUAACUCAACCCACUCAAGUGACGCACCCCUCCCAGGGACGGCAUGAAAGAGCACCUUUACAGAGGCAGUAGGGGGCUACAGGGACCACAGGGCUGUAGGGCUUUACAGAGGCAGUAGGGGGCUACAGGGACCACAGGGCUGUAGGGCUUUACAGAGGCAGUAGGGGGCUACAUGGACCACAGGGCUGUAGGGCUUUACAGAGGGAGUAGGGGGAUACAGGGACCACAGGGCUGUAGGGCUUUACAGAGGCAGUAGGGGGCUACAGGGACCACAGGGCUGUAGGGCUUUACAGAGGCAGUAGGGGGCUACAGGGACCACAGGGCUGUAGGGCUUUACAGAGGGAGUAGGGGGCUACAGGGACCACAGGGCUGUAGGGCUUUACAGAGGCAGUAGGGGGGCUACAGGGACCACAGGGCUGUAGGGCUUUACAGAGGGAGUAGGGGGCUACAGGGACCACAGGGCUGUAGGGCUUUACAGAGGCAGUAGGGGGCUACAGGGACCACAGUGCUGUAGGGCUUUACAGAGGGAGUAGGGAGCUACAGGGACCACAGGGCUGUAGGGCUUUACAGAGGCAGUAGUGGAAUACAGGGACCACAGUGCUGUAGGGCUUUACAGAGGCAGUAGGGGGGCUACAGGGACCACAGUGCUGUAGGGCUUUACAGAGGCAGUAGGGGGGCUACAGGGACCACAGGGCUGUAGGGCUUUACAGAGGCAGUAGGGGGAUACAGGGACCACAGGGCUGUAGGGCUUUACAGAGGCAGUAGGGGGGCUACAGGGACCACAGGGCUGUAGGGCUUUACAGAGGCAGUAGGGGGGUACAGGGACCACAGGGCUGUAGGGCUUUACAGAGGCAGUAGGGGGCUACAGGGGCCACAGGGCUGUAGGGCUUUACAGAGGCAGUAGGGGGGGUACAGGGACCACAGGGCUGUAGGGCUUUACAGAGGGAGUAGGGGGCUAUAGGGACCACAGGGCUGUAGGGCUUUACAGAGGCAGUAGGGGGAUACAGGGACCACAGGGCUGCUUUACAGAGGCAGUAGGGGGGCUACAGGGACCACAGUGCUGUAGGGCUUUACAGAGGCAGUAGGGGGAUACAGGGACCACAGGGCUGUAGGGCUUUACAGAGGCAGUAGGGGGCUACAGGGACCACAGGGCUGUAGGUUUUUACAGAGGCAGUAGGGGGCUACAGGGACCACAGGGCUGCUUUACAGAGGCAGUAGGGGGGCUACAGGGACCACAGUGCUGUAGGGCUUUACAGAGGCAGUAGGGGGGCUACAGGGACCACAGGGCUGUAGGGCUUUACAGAGGCAGUAGGGGGCUACAGGGACCACAGUGCUGUAGGGCUUUACAGAGGCAGUAGGGGGGCUACAGGGACCACAGGGCUGUAGGGCUUUACAGAGGCAGUAGGGGGAUACAGGGACCACAGGGCUGUAGGGCUUUACAGAGGCAGUAGGGGGCUACAGGGGCCACAGGGCUGUAGGGCUUUACAGAGGCAGUAGGGGGCUACAGGGACCACAGUGCUGUAGGGCUUUACAGAGGCAGUAGGGGGCUACAGGGACCACAGGGCUGUAGGGCUUUACAGAGGCAGUAGGGGGCUACAGGGACCACAGGGCUGUAGGGCUUUACAGAGGCAGUAGGGAGCUACAGGGACCACAGGGCUGUAGGGCUUUACAGAGGCAGUAGGGGGGCUACAGGGACCACAGGGCUGUAGGGCUUUAUAAAGGCAGUAGGGGGCUACAGGGACCACAGGGCUGUAGGGCUUUACAGAGGCAGUAGGGGGAUACAGGGACCACAGGGCUGUAGGGCUUUACAGAGGCAGUAGGGGCCUACAGGGACCACAGGGCUGUAGGGCUUUACAGAGGGAGUAGGGGGCUACAGGGACCACAGGGCUGUAGGGCUUUACAGAGGCAGUAGGGGGCUACAGGGACCACAGGGCUGUAGGGCUUUACAGAGGGAGUAGGGGGCUACAGGGACCACAGUGCUGUAGGGCUUUUACAGAGGCAGUAGGGGGGCUACAGGGACCACAGGGCUGUAGGGCUUUAUAAAGGCAGUAGGGGGCUACAGGGACCACAGGGCUGUAGGGCUUUACAGAGGCAGUAGGGGGAUACAGGGACCACAGGGCUGUAGGGCUUUACAGAGGCAGUAGGGGCUAACAGGGACCACAGGGCUGUAGGGCUUUACAGAGGCAGUAGGGAGCUACAGGGACCACAGGGCUGUAGGGCUUUACAGAGGCAGUAGGGGGGCUACAGGGACCACAGGGCUGUAGGGCUUUACAGAGGCAGUAGGGGAUACAGGGACCACAGGGCUGUAGGGCUUUACAGAGGGAGUAGGGGGCUACAGGGACCACAGGGCUGUAGGGCUUUACAGAGGCAGUAGGGGGCUACAGGGACCACAGGGCUGUAGGGCUUUACAGAGGCAGUAGGGGCCUACAGGGCUGUAGGGCUUUACAGAGGCAGUAGGGGGCUAUUUGAGAUGCAGGAACUGAACUGUUUCUGUUUCUGUGUGUUAGUGGAACAGAUUUAAAGUCAUACAAUGCAGUUAACUUCAACUUUGGUGUGUGUCUGUGCCUCUGUGUGUGUGUGUGUGUGUGUGUGUGUGUGUGUGUGUGUGUGUGUGUUUGCCUGUGUGUGUGUGUUUGCCUGUGUGUGUGUGUGUGUGUGUCCCCCCCUCCAGGUCUGGACCAGUUGAGCUGGACUGAUGAUGGUCAGUUGUUGGCCGUCUCCACCCAGAGAGGAACCCUGCAUGUCUUCCUGACCCGUCUCCCCAUUCUGGGGCACAGCUGCGGGACCCGCCUGGCCUACCUGACCUCCCUGCUGGAGGUCACUGUGUCUAACCGUGUAGAGGGGGUGAGAACACACAGACAGCUGUGGGACCCUGCCUGGCCUACCUGACCUCCCUGCUGGAGGUCACCGUGUCUAACCGUGUAGAGGGGGUGAGAACACACAGACAGCUGUGGGACCCUGCCUGGCCUACCUGA